AUGCCAGUAGGUCCCGUCGAUGACAAGGGAACGGUCCUCUACUUUGAAGACAGCGGUGCACCGGAGGGCUCUCUGGACUAUGUUACCCUUGUGCUAGUUCAUGGCGCGAUGAUUCACAGCGCAAUAUUCCGCAAGAUGAUACCUUAUGCAGCCGUAAAUAACCUGCGCCUUGUGCUCCUAAACAAGCGGGACUAUCCAGGCUCUACCCUCUAUUCCCAGGAGGAGCUCGAGGCGCUUGCAUCUCUCGACCGCGAAGUACAGGCAGCAGCGAUCAAGGCACGCGGGUUCGAGUUCGCCGCGUUCAUGCGCUGGUUCAUCGAGACCGAGAGCAUUCCCCCGCUGUCUGAGAUCCCGGGCACAGAUGGUAUGCGCGCAGGCGGGAUUGCGAUUCUGGGGUGGUCCGCGGGUAACCGGCAGACAAUCUCCCUGCUUGCGCACGCCCACGAGCUCCAGGAUGAGACUAAGACUUUUCUUAACUCUUACUUCCGCAGCUUCAUUGUUUUCGACUGCGCGCCAACCGGCCUCGGUUUCCCACCUCUCCCGGGCUUAUACAGCCCCCUUCGCGACCCAAAAGCUGCGAAUAAGAACACGACUGAGUUUCCGAUAUCAAUUGCUACGUAUUUCACACAAGUUGUCACCCGGCCCGACGAGGAUGCGGAGUCUCCGGGCUUUGUCGAGAUGCUUCACGCGCGCAAACCCAUGCACGAGGCGGAAGGGGCCGAUCCGCGUUUCAUGCCUACAACUCUGCGCAUGACGCCAGAGGAACGUGCGGAAGUGACCUACGCUGAGGCGGUGUGGCGCUCACAGCGACUGAUCCUCCGCAUGGACGUUUCGGUCUUCCGAGAGAAUGUUCUGCAAGCCUUUUUCGAGUGCCUUGUGGAUGAUAGUACCGGCGGGGAGCAGCUCAUCUGGCCACGGGUGAAGGUGCACUCCGUGUGGUGCGACAUGUCGCCGGGAGACGAUGUGUAUGGCGGUAAUAAGCUGAAGCAGAUGGUGCGUGAGUACCGUGGGAAGGGUAGGGGACGCAGUGUCGAGGUGCAUAAGCUGGAACAGGCGAAUCAUUUUGUGCACUGGGACGAGCCUGAGCGAACUACAAAGUUCUUGGCGACAAUUAUGCAGAUUGAACACCUCUACAAGUAA